ACGAGAUGAAAGCGAGGCCGUUAGAGUUAGCCGGUGAAAUGUAAGCCGCGUGCUAUAGUGUAUGGAUAUUCCCACAGCUGUGUGGCAACAAGCAGAGCCAAAUAAGUGCGCGCUUGUCGUACUAGACGUUACGGCCAUCCGACCUAUUUCUCGCCCUCUGUAACUAUCCCUCCAAGACCGCAACGGAGGUGAGCUCUCGGGCCUGGCGUAUUGUGACGAACGCAGCUUCCGCUCGUCUGCUGAAAUUCAAUAAUUUCGUCUUGAACGUGGUGACUGUCAGUUAGUGAUCACUAGCAAUCAGUGCGUGCCGGAGAUUGAGUCGAACUUCACCCCACAGCCCUUGACGGGAUUAGAACGAGAACAGAUCGUAUUUGGAUAGUGCGUUUGGAGAAAGAAAGAAUGGCGUAUGGCAAGGAUUCUGGUUGGAGCGCGCUGUUCCUUGUUAUGCUAGCUUUGGUGCACAGCGCAAAAUCAGUGGUGUAUCCGUCGAUUUAUUGGACCCCGCGAAACCCAAUGUUUUCACAACUCGUGACUCCAACAGCAAUGAACGUUGCAGCCAUGUCAAAAGUGAAGAUCGUCUGCCCCAACCCUACGUCGAUAGUCGAUAAAGUUCAGGAUGACACGCCUAAGGAAUUUCUCUACGAAAACUUAUGGAUUGUCACGGAAGAAAGCUACGACAAAUGUAACACCACCCUAUCCCCCAGGAAUAAGAUUCUGCUCAAGUGCGACACCCCCCUGAGUUUGAAGUACUACACAGUGGCAUUCCAGCAAUUCAGUGCGACUGCGCAAGGCCUGGAGUUUGCUCUGGGACAAGAGUAUUACUUUAUCGCGACGUCAGAUGGGACCAAGUCAUCGCUGGACAAAACGAGUGGCGGGAAUUGUAUUAAGAGUAACAUGCGAAUGAAAUUCUACAUCUGUAAAAGCCCACAAGACCCGCGAUGUCUCCCCCCUACAACUGCCCCACCCACAACACCCUCAGGGUGUCCUACAGUGCCAUCAACCACGCAAACACCACUACCCCCCAAGACCAACCCAACAACGGAGCCGACGGAAUCCAACGAGGUACCCUUACUACCCACCGAAAACAGUCACACCAAGUCUAGUCUUCAGAGCGACGACCCUAAACCGACUUUGAGACCGUCAAUGGCGCCCGCCGUCACGUCAAUCAGACCGCAAGUGACGAAGUACUCGUCUCAAACGGAAAAGGAGGCGAUUGUGAGGGAAGAGCCGUGUUCACAUGACGAUGGGAUACGUCCAAGUUGGAGUAUCAUCAUUCCCCUUUUGAUAAUCAUCGUCCUGUUAAUAGCGACGAACGUGUUCUUCGUCUACCAGUUAAAGCAGAUUUACACUGCAAAGGACUCGAACAUUUGCGAGAGCCUGGACAGACGCUCUGAGCGGUCUAAAUUCACGUUAGCUUCAAUAGGGCUAGGCAGACGAAAAGACGAGGCGAGUCCUGUUAAUGUAUGACAUGGCACAAAACCUUCAUCAUGCAAUGUCCUUUGACGUCUCAUCAAAUCGAGGGAUGGUCGUCAUUAGAUGAAGCAUGUCGCAUGCGAUCGAGUGAUGUCGUCAUUGCACGAAGCAUGUAUUCCAAGUCGCAACUAACUGGGCGAUAUCUUAACUGGAUGAAGCAUUUCGUUUGACCUCGCAUCGAAUCGAGCAAUGUCGUUAGUGGAUGAAAUAUAUCUUCGAUGUCGCAUGCAAUCGAGCGAUAUCGCCAUUGAAUGGAAAAUGUCCACGUACGUUUCAGCAACGUGAAGUCAGGAAUGGGAGUGAGAAAAUUUGAGUUAUUAUUAAGUCUAACGAUUACGCGCAGAUGCACAAACAUGAGCUUACGGAAAGAGCAAUCAUGUGCUAUUGAACAAGUAUUAGCAGCUAUGCAUCCAACUCCUUUCUCCUUUCUCUUACUGGGAGCACCACAAGGGAACACUAGCACAAGACGAACCAUCUGAAGGUUGGUCAUGGCGUGCUACCUUAGCUACACAUGUGAACCAGCGGCCUUUUCGGCGCUCCAGGAAGUUUAUCAUACCUCAAAUGACACCCCAAAACCUGCCAAGCUCCAAGGAGUAAACUUAGAUCAAAUGACACCCCAAACCUGCCAAGCUCCAAGGAGUAAACUUAGAUCAAAUGACACCCCAAAACCUGCCAAGCUCCAAGGAGUAAACUUAGAUCAAAUGACACCCCCAAACCUGCCAAGCUCCAAGGAGCACACUGAGAUCGAUGACAAAGGUGGUGUCCACAACGAAACUAUUACGAGAAUGUAAAAAUUGUCUACACGGGAACCAAUAUAAAACAGACAUUUUGUUCCUUGACACGCAAAAUAAUCACGCCCCAAAUGUGUCACGCUCUGUAUUUAUCGGACUUCAUUUGCGUCAUGCCCCAUGUCACGCUAUACGUGUCACACAAGGAGCUCUUGUGAUCUCGAUAUUCUCCACCUGCUUCAAGGUAUAACAGAGAAUCGUUCUAUCGGCCUCAAAGAGGCGACGGUGUCGUACUUCAAAGUCGGCUGAACACUUGAACACGCCAAAUCUUUAAAAUCGUGAAAUUUAAAGACUUGUCACGAAAUCGCGAUUCUAAAGACUUGUAUUAUGAGAGUGAGAAGAGGUACACCGACAUACAUGUACUACACUUACAUUAAUUUAUGGACGCUUAAAGCGACUCAAUACACCAAGAAUUAUAUUUUCGUAAAAAAAGCAGGGAAAAAACAUUGUAGGCUCUAUUUCCAGCGUAGGCUGGAAGGGGUUUGAAAAGGAAACCUACAUUAUUCAGAAGUCGGAAUAAUUAUUUCUGAAACAUUUUUUCUAUACUUUAGGAAGGGAGAAGGGGGCUUGAAUUAAAAUUUUUUUUCCUAGGUUUAAAAAUAUCAAACUUUUAGUGGGCUUCUAGGUUGUUUACUAUUCAAUAUUAGUGGUAUUUCUCUGUGUUAAUCAGUAAUUCGUUAAGUUAAUUAGUAAAUCGACUUUGUCUUCCCUCUUCGACAUUGCCACUUCAACAUUGUGUGAACGAGCGUUUUCUUAUAUACAUACAAAUAAUAGAAAUUAAAAUAUUGCAAGAUAUUUUGUAAUUAUCGCUGUACAUUAUAUACCAAUUAACUCAUCAAGCGAUUCGACGUCUAAUAGAGUCCAUAUGAAUUUUGUACAUAGUUUUAAUACAUUUUAUAAUAAAUACUGUUGGUCUCAUAUGUA